GUUGACAGGAGACAACCUCAGGACAGCAGCAUCGCGGAAAAGGAGGAUCUUCCUGUUCCUCAGAACGUCAAGAUCACCAACAUCACCUGUGACUCCUUCAAGAUCAACUGGGACAUGGACUGUAGAGCCAAGGACCACAUCACUAACUACUUCAUAGACCUCAACAAGAAGGAGCACAAUAACUCCAACAAGUUCAAACACAAGGAUGUCCCCACUAAGCUGGUGGCGAAGGUGGUGCCACUGCCCAUGACAGUGAGAGGCCACUGGUUCCUGAGCCCCAGGACAGAUUACACUGUAGCUGUUCAGACUGCCUCCAAACAGAGUGAUGGGAACUAUGCUGUCUCUGAAUGGAGUGAGAUCAUCGAAUUCUACACUGCAGACUACUCUACUGUGCAUCUGAUACAGUUGCUGGAGAAGGCCGAGGGGAUAGCUGGUAGGAUGUUGAGAUUCUCCGUGUUUUAUCGGAACCAGCAGAAUGACUACUUCAAUAAAACGAGAGAGACACAGGACAACCGGAUGCUCCCGACUGUAAAGGACAACAGUGGCAGCCACGGCUCUCCCAUCAGUGGCAAGCUGGAAGGCAUCUACUUCAGCUGCAACACGGAGUUCAACACAGGCAAGCCCCCCCAGGACUCCCCCUACGGAUGCUACCGCUUCCAGAUCCAGGCCCAGGUCCUGUUCAACCCCAAGACCAACCUGUACUUCGGGGACUUCUACUGCAUGUACACAGCCUACCACUACGUGAUCCUGGUGCUGGCCCCAGAGGGCUCCCCAGGGGACCGAUUCUGUAAGGGCCGCCUCCCGGCGCUGGACAUCUUCGACAACUGCUUCCUGACAUGCACCCAGGAGGAGGAGGGGGGGCUGGUGUUCCACCACGCCCAGGAUGUGAUUCUGGAGGUGAUUUACACCGAGCCUGUGGACCUGGCCCUAGGCAGCGUGGAGGAGAUCCAAGGACACCAGCUCAGUAGCAUGUCCACCAUCAAUGCUAAGAAGGACCCCAGUUGCAAGACCUGCAACAUCAGCGUGGGACGAUAACCAGCAAACUGUGGGGGAGG